AUGGCAAGUGAGUUGCAAGACUUUUACAUGCGUGGAUCCAGCUCCUCGUCACGUUUACCUCCAAUAAGGAGCAGUGUUGACAGCUCAUCAGUGCACAUACCAUUCUCUAUUGAAUCAAAUGCCAAACUAUACGUCCAGAGCGCGUCGCCUUUUUCAACACCUGCGCUUCAACUCGGUGGAGAUAUAUCACAGUCACGAAAGAGCAUUUCCAGUCCACUAGAGCAACAGCACCCAGCCUCAAAACACGAUGGCUCACACCGCGCUUCAUCCUAUUGGUCUAGCAAGUUUCAGAGUCAAUCGAAAGCUGAAUUCGUGCGUGGUGAUGUGGCACCGCUUCUUGCACGGUUUGAAGACACUGCGUUAUACCGAAAACCACACCGAAAGUCGUUGCAAACCGUGCUGGACGAGAUGAAUACCGUUUCUGGGAACAAUAUUGCUAUGAAACACUCGAAGGUAUCCCUUCUGAGUCGACAGGACAGUGAUCCCAUCUUACUUCACCGGCGGAGCAGCCUCGCUGACGUGACAAAGGUUGUGGUUAGAAAGAACCAUCGCGAGCAAAUUAAAGCUUCUGCGUUAGAGCCACCGCCUAAGGUUGUUCCGACACGCUUCCUCUUCGAUGGGACGAGACAUCAACGUGCUUCUCGGUGUGAAUACUGCAACUUCGCGGGGGGAGAGCUUGAAUGUGCUACGUGCAAUGUCGUGGCUCAUGCUCGCUGUUACUUAGCGGCUUACGACCAAGAGGACAGAAAGACAAAGCUCACGUUUGUAGUUCCGCAUACAGCCACAACAAAUUCCUCAUUUUCGUCCUGGCUGUGCUCUCAUUGUCAAUCCGAUUUGAAGACCGAAUAUGACGAGAGAUCAGCAGAAGUUCGAGCUGCUCAUUUAGCUGCUCAACGUCAAGUUCUGGCAAAUGCUCUCACUGCUUAUGUGCGUAUGAUGAAGGACGCCACUUCAUUUGCUGACAAGAAAGCUGCGAUCAUCCGAGUUCAAGCAUCACUACGAGGACGACAAGCUCGUCAGCGCUUUGAAAGAUUGCAGCGAAUUCGAUUGAAACCCUAUGCUAUCGAUGCGCUUCGCGUCCGUGCAAUUAUCCCGUCGGGUAUGAGUGUACCGUCGGAAGGCCUUGGGCUAGGGAUUAGCAGCUCGUCAUCCUUUGAAGAACUGCGACUGAGCAACGGGUUCUCGUGCAAUCCGUUCCUGUACGUGACUGUAGUUGCUGGGAAUGACGAAGACACGCAACUCUUCUGCUUCGAGACCAGUGUACGAAAGCCGAUGGCUCUCAAUGGAACAGAGCUGGACAUUGUGUGGCCAGAGAAAAUGUUUGUUCCUGGGGCCGAUGGGUAUGCCACGUUUUGCUUUACUUUGCUUAGUAAGAACGGACCCAACACCUUUUUCCUGGGUCAAGCAGUGCUGCGACUGAGUGAUAUGGGGGAUUGUUGGCGAUCUGGUCUGGUGACGGAGCUGGAAUUAGUGGAUCAUGUCGAAAUAUUCCCCAAAACGGCUCAACACCAACCGCUUCCACUCGCCGAUGCUAGAGGGAGCGCCCCAAAGUCUACUGAUCAUGCUGAUGAAAAAAGUGAGGAGAUCACGCGCUCUAAGGGGAGACCUCGUUGGCUUGUGAAUGUUCACAUUCGACCAUUUAGCGAACAGCAUUCGAAUUGCGGAUAUCUCAAUAUGAAGUCGACACUCGAAAGUUUCCACACAAGCACGCGCUGGUGUGUUCUAGCUGAUGGAAUUCUGCGAAUCUACCGUCAUUUUGGCGUCACUUUAGCGUCUGAAGUGGUGGAUAUGGCACAUGCCACGGAUAUUCGAGUUGAGCCGAUUAAAUCUUCAGCUCAUCGAGUUAACAAGACCAAGAAACUCAAUUUGACGUUGCAGCACGACGGAGACGAAGGAGCAAGCGCGCACUCUCGCCAUGCAGAGCAUUGCUGCCUUGCUAUCCACCACUUAAGCCGGCUCUACUUGUUCCAGUGCGAACAUAAAGACCAGCUUCGCCAAUGGUUAAAGAAGCUCCAAGGCGCACAAAAAUUUAGUUCCCAUUCCAGCCAAACACAUUCAUCACCGGUUUGCACUACACCCGCAAUCAUGUCGUCUGUAGCGGGAAUUUAG